UUGGAGAAAGAUCUGUUCCAAGGGAUGGAAAUCCAUGGAAUUAGGGAUGGGAAGGGCCUUAAAUCCCAUCCAUCCCCUGCUCUCCAGGGCUGGCCCAUCCCAGUUCCUCCUGGAAUUCCCUGUGUUUCCCAUUCCCUGGGUUCCCAGAUCCUCCCGCCCAUCCCAAAUUCCUCAGGCUGGAAUAAUCCUUGAGGAAAAUCUGGGAUUUGAUGGCUCUUCUUCCCUUUGGUUUUUCAGGUACCACCUGGAAUUCCCAUCCCGAGGAGGGGACGAGCACGACGGCUACGACGGCUCCGAGGAAAAUCCCAGCUGGAAUUUCGGCCCUUCCCGCAUUCCUCCGCCCUCGUUCCCACCAGAAUUCCAGGAUGAGGGCCUGGAGGAGAUCCCACGGCCCAUCCAGGAUUCUGGGAAUAUUUUGAAGCAAGGAUACCUGGAGAAGAGAUCCCGAGAGCCCAGCUUUUUCGGCUCCGAGUGGCACAAGCGCUGGUGCGUCCUCACCCAACGGAAUUUCCUCUACUACGCCAACGAGAAAAGCAAGCAGCCCAAAGGCUCCUUUCCCAUCGAGCGCUACCAGGCCCGCCUGCAUUCCCAGCUCCGGAAAGAUUCCCGGAAAAAAUGCUGCUUCCAGCUGCUCUGUCCAGGAAAACGCUCCUAUGAGUUCACAGCUCCGAGCCCGGCCGAGGCCCAGGAUUGGGUGGAGCAGAUCCAGUUCCUCCUCAGGGACCUCAGCUCUCUGACGAUUCCCUGCGACGAGGAUGAGGAGGAAGAGGAGGAGGAGGAAGAGCUCUCCAAGGACCGGGACAGCUCUGAUUCCAUGAACAAUUCCCAAAAUUCCACCCUGAAUCCGGAGGAGCUGGAGCCGGAAGGUGACGACAUCUAUGAGGUGAUGCCAGAUGAGGAGCUGGAGCCGCCAUUCCCGGAGGAUGAGGAGGAUUUCGGGAGCGAGGAGGAAAAUUCCGACUGGGAUUAUUCCAGCUACUACCAGGGAUUGUGGGACUGCCGCGGGGACAACCCCGACGAGCUCUCCUUCCAACGGGGCGACCUCAUCCGCAUCCUCAGCAAGGUAGGAGCCGGAAUUUUCGGGGAAUUUUUCGGGAACUUUUUGGGAAUUUUUUAUUUCCCAUUUCCAUCGGGGCGACUUCAUCCUCAGCGAGGUAGGAGCAGGGAUUUUUUGGGAUUCGGGCUCAUUUCCAAGGCCAAAAGGUGUUAAAAUCACUCAAAAUUGAGAUUUAAAAUUAAAUUAAUGAUGUCAG